AUGAGCACUAUUGAUUUCAAAGAUUGUUUUUGGGGCGCUCCAAAUUCAAAUGCCAACUUCUGCGAGGUCGACUACGCUGUGAGUAGAUACAUCGCGGAAUUUAUCAACAGCUUGACAAAUGUCGUUUAUGUAAUCUAUGGCAUCUGCGGGCUUCGACGACUGCGACGAAAAGUGAACAAUGCUGAUUCUUUUCGCGUUCUUCCUUAUUGGGGGUUGAUAGCGGUCGGUAUAUGCUCGUUCUCAUUUCAUGUUAGCAUGAAAUAUCACACUCAAAUGAUGGACGAUCUCUCGAUGCAUUUUGCCACCACCCCAGUUUUGCACCGUGUCUUGACGGCCAAUUCUAACCAUCGACACUCUGUUCUGAUUGGUAUAGUUCUGGGCUUCUUGUUGCUUUUUCUGGUCACAUUCCAUAUGAUGACCGAUGAGCUGAUCCUCCACUCUAUAUCAUUUGUUGGAGCCGUGACCAUCAUCGGGAUCCAGACUUUCCGGCUCGUUAACAGCCGGACGCAGCCAGGCUCCGCUAGCCGGCGACAGAUCUGGGGGAUUGUCAAGUUUGGAGCAGCGAUUUUCAAUCUUGGGUACUACUUCUGGCUGGUUGAUCAGUGGGCCUGCGGAUACUUGACAAAAAUCCGAGACACCAUCGGACUUCCCUGGGUUUUUAUUUUAGAGCUUCAUGGAUGGUACGUUUCAGAAGACAUUUUCCUAUGCUUGAAGCUAACUGGAGUGAAUAGGUGGCAUAUUUGUACUGGGAUUGGAGCCUACAUCUUUAUCGCUGUUGUAGAUCAACUGGUCUCCGGCGAGAAUCUAGAAGAUCCCAAGAAGUCAAUCGCCUGGCCUGCUUCUUGGGCGGCGACCUCAAUUUUUGCAGGUCAAGAACCGUCUGAAGAUGGAGAAGUAAUCAAGAAACAAAAUUGA